GCCUGAGUGGUUUUAGCGAGGGACGUCUGCUGUUUGGCGGGAAGUGUUUAAUAUGGCUGUAUUUCUACCGAUUUUAACCCCCAAAGAGAACAAGAAACGACAGAUUUGUGAUUGGCAUUGAAUCUUAAAGCCCUUGGCUGUCGUUCUGCUUGGAUUUUAAGGAUGGGUUUGAACUCUAAGAGUGGGAAAAGAAGCACUGAUGUUUCGCUAUUAGAAGAUGCAGAAAAUGAUGAAAGGCCGAGUAAGAGGUUGAAGCCAAUGGAUUGUAAGGGGGGGAUAAAUGCAAUUAUAGCUGAUGAAUGGAAAUCUUCUUCAGGUCCACCUUCACCUGUUCCUUUCUUGUCUCCUGAUGGCCGUAUCACUAAGCCUGCUGAGAUUUUUCGUACCGAUCUAAUCAGUGCAAUGAAGCUACCGGACACUCAAAUCUUAAAUCCUGAAAACUACAUGACAAUUGUUGACCCUUGGCGACAAGAAUGGGAACGAGGAGUACAGGUACCAGUUCAUCCAGAGGGACUAUCACAGCCAUCUUUUAGCUUUGUUGAAACUCCCAAGAAGACAUCGACAUUUAAACUCUCAGGGAAGUUAUUGAACUCUGARGAUAAAAGAAAAGGGAAAUCCCCUUGUAAUUAUGAUUUAAGUCGGAUAGACGUAGAAUGGUUAUAUAAUCUCAACAAAUCAAGAAGAAACAAAGGACAUCUAGAGCUUGAAGAAGAUGCCCUAGAAAAAGCAAUAUCAUACUUGGAGGAUAAGUGCUACGAGAACAUGGGUCAUGCYAUAGCUACCCAGAAGGGGCUUAGUAUUGAAUAUGAUGAAAGCGUAUGCUGUGAAGUCUGCCAGUCGCCUGAUAGCGAAGAGGGCAAUGAGAUGGUAUUCUGCGAUUCAUGUGAUAUUUGUGUGCACCAAGCUUGUUAUGGCAUUCAACACAUUCCGUCUGGUAGCUGGCUUUGUCGGCCUUGUAGGAGGGGYGUUAGUAAACCAGCUUGUAAGCUGUGUCCUAAUCCUGGUGGUGCCAUGAAACAAACAAAGAAAGGAAAGAACUGGAUUCACGUCAGCUGUGCUCUGUGGGUACCCGAAGUUGGCUUUGGUAGUGUCGAAAGGAUGGAACCAAUCAUAAAACUUGAAAAUAUUCCUGCCAAGAGGUGGAAUCUAGUGUGCUUCUUGUGUAGGGAGAAACAUGGAGCUUGUAUUCAGUGUACGGUAAAAACCUGUAUGACUGCAUUCCAUGUGACCUGUGGAUUCCAGCGUGGACUUGAAAUGAAAACAAUCCUGGAUGACUCGGCUGUUGAUGGUGUUCGACAUYUAUGUUAUUGUGACAAACAUGGGCACAAAAACAAGUCUCCACCACGAUCUCCAGAGAAAGCCAAGCAAGAUGCGGAAGAAGCUGAAAAUCUUAGACAAAAACGGUUAAAACAGAUGGAGACAGAAUUCUAUAAAUAUGUCGAUGUAGCGGAAGCUGCUAAGGACUUGAACAUACCCAAGGAGCUAGCAGCACACAUACAUGCAUUCUGGACCCUAAAGAGAAAGGCUCGUGAUGAUCUUCCCCUGCUUCCUCCGUCGUUGGAACAGCAAGAAAAACUGUGCGGAAAACAGGGCAUGGCCAGUCGUAGUCUACAGAUACAAAUCGAAGAACUUAUGAAAAUGCGCUGUGACCUUGAGAGGCUGCGUAACCUCUGUUACAUGGUCAGCAAACGAGAAAAGAUGCGGCGUGAAUURUUUCGUGUGAGGGAACAAGUAUUCUGGAAAGCGCAUGAAGUAAUGACCGACGAUACUAUCGAUAUAGAUGAGAACGAUCUCAGAUGGAUACGGGAAUCCUGUGGCAAGAACUAUACCGGUGAUGGUAGCGAACCAGCUCGAGGUCCUGCCGCAGAGGGUGGCUUAGAAUCAGUGUCAUCUUCAAGUGCGCAGUCAAGUAACUACGGCCAGACGAGUGCUGAGGAAAUUACCGCGGAAUUGAAUCAAAGCAAAGAACCGAGUGAAUGCUCCGAGGGGGACGUAAGAGGUGGGUACGACUCGUCUGACUCUGAAGACUCACCUCAGAUCAAAACGCGUCGUCGUUUGAGGGGAUUUUCUGCGUACAAAUCUAGGAAGGACAUAAUGAAUAACCGUUUGAAGUCAGAGAACCAGGAUUCUAGAGGAGUUAAUAAAUCAGGAGGUGCUAAAGAAGCAGUAGACCCUGAAUCUAAAGCAGACGAAGAAGACGGCAGGAAGGAGGGGUGUGACACAUCUAAAAGAUCAACAAGGUCUCGAAGUCAAGGGGAUAUAWCGUUUGAACAGAAUAUCGUGGUCGAUUCUACUGAUGAAAGCAAAGAAAAACUGAAUGAAAGUGAAUUACCGAAAGUCACGACGAGAAGCCAUCAACGUUCUACAUCCAAACAGGUUCCUGACGACAGUGGUUAYGAUGUUAAGGCGGAGGAGGCCAAUAAGAUAGGACUCACAAGACCACGAACCAAAGGACAAACAUCCGACUCUACCUCUGAAGAGACAGAAYCAACGAGAGAAGAGUUUGAUUUGCCUCCAAGCCCUACGCGAUCCUUGCGCAGUAGCAAACAACGUAAACAGGAAUCAUAUGAUGGUCAAGUUAUAACGUCUGGUAGAACUAGAUCAAAAAGUGCAGGGGAUGUAGCUGAUGGUAUAACCUCUGAUAUACUACAACGGGAAACAAGAAGCACCAGGUCGAGAAGAGUAUCAGCAAAAAGCGAAGAGGAAGAAGUUGGGACAACAGAAGACACAGAGCCUGAACAGGAAAGAGUUCCUAGUAUAAAUAACCCAAAAAGUCCCAAGUUAUCCGACAAAGACGAGCCGCUCAAGGAAAAUAAAGUUUUGAGGGAAAAUUGCUUACGAAGAUCAAGGAACAGAACGGUAACAUUGAAUGAAGGCAAGACAAUGAAUGACGUGUCACCGACCAAGAAACAAAAACUUGAAGUUCCAGGAAGCGAAGCCAGGAGAAAUAAACGAGGAAGUCGAAGAUCUUCGGACCUGGACUCUGAUAACAACCAGGGUAAAACCACAGAAUUCCUUUUUAAAGGCAGCCCCAGGAGAAAGGCUUCGACGAACUCCUCAAGACGCGAGAUGCGAAAUGGWUUUAAAUCAAGGUCGGAAUGUGAAAACUCGAAAUCUGAUGAAGAGAAUGCGGACGACAGAGUGGAGCGGUUAUCGUCUCUAAGGUCCUUUAGCACGGGUAAGGAAGCGAACGCUCCUUCUUCUCCGUGUCCAAAAUGUCAGAUCCAACAAGAAAACAGCAAUAAGAAAAUAUCGACAGACUCAACCGGAAGUCCUGAAAGAAAGAAUAAAGAAUUAAGACCGCGCAACAUGCAGUCACCAAAGUCACGCAGUACCCACUCACCGAGGUCACGCAAUAUGCCGUCGCCGAGGUCACGCAGCCGGUUGUUAAGGUAUUCUCCCACACGAAGCUGUAGUAGUWUAAUAGCGUCUGUCUGUCAUGCUACGUCCGUUAUUUAGAGUAACGCAACACUGGAUAAGUGGAAAAGAACUUAUUCGAAGAGCUGUAGCAUUGAGCUGCGCAUGCUCGAGGGACAGUGGUUGAAAUGUUGAGAACUUGUUUGGGAAAUGAAUUAACGGUUGUUGCGUUUCAAAGUUGCUGCCGUCCCACAGGCAGCCCAGGAUGAAAGAUCGCAGAACACGUCAAUAGGUUAUGAAAAAUUGGUAGUUAGGCUAUUAGGCAUGGCUUCUUAGAAGUCCUAACGUAUURGCCUUUUUAAGGUUGAGGACGGGUCGAGUUGGUAUAGACUUCCAAAUUACCGCUGUGUUUCUUGAUUACAGACUCAUUUGCACAGGGUUAGCCUCGAGUUUGUGCAGAAUAUUCACGUGUUCCAGUCAAGGUCCGUCGAGUUUCAAAAU